ACAAACUCUUAACCCAACCCAAUGUACAUAUAUAUAUGUGCGUCUGUGUGUGUGUCCGCCAGACCAGGUUCAAACAAUCCUCCACAGAGAGAGGGAGGGAGAGGCUGGGAAGUAGAAUUUUUGUGAUCUCUGGUUCUCUUUUCUCUGUCUACGUUCGGCGAUCCAAAGAUGUCUCAGGGAACGCUCGAAGUUCUACUGGUAUGUGCCAAAGGCCUCGAGAACACCGAUUUUCUCACUAAUAUGGACCCUUACGCCAUUAUCACUUGUCGGACUCAAGAGCGGAAAAGCAGCGUUGCAUCAGGUAAGGGAUGCAGUCCUACGUGGAAUGAGACCUUUAUAUUUAAUCUCUCGGAUGGUGUUUCGGAACUCCGCAUCAAAAUUAUGGACAGCGAUGGCUUUAGCGAGGAUGAUUUUGUUGGGGAGGCUAUCAUCCCAUUAGAAGCAUUGUUCCGGGAAGGCAAGAUUCCACCAACUUCCUACAAUGUUGUGAAGGACCAGCAAUACUACGGAGAGGUCAGACUUGGCCUCACUUUCACCCCAGAGAGGGAGACGACGGGGCGUGAUCGGGAGAUGGAGGACUUUGGUGGAUGGAAACAGUCAGCUCUGUACUAAUCUUACAGAGAAAUUUGGAUGACCAGACAAAGAUGUUUGACCUUUAGAGUGAAAGUCAGCAUGCGUUUCAAUUUCUGUAUUUAAUUUCCUCCUGCUUUUGUUGGAGUUUUGGUUGACAAUAUAUCAUUGCAUCCACUAAAACCUA